AUGUCAGAUCAAAAUUCAAGUCCGAAUGGGCGCCGAAGAGAAAGUGUUAACUCAACAAGCUCAGACAAUUUGCGUUAUCCGUUUAAUCACGGCUCCUCUCAUCAAAACGAUGCCAAUUUCAAACUUAGCGGGAAGGCUUGGGGUCGCGUAAAGAAGUUCCUUCUUUGCAAAAAUGCUUUCCCUUCAAGUAUUUACUACAUCGUGGGGAACGAAUUCUGCGAACGAUUUUCGUACUAUGGGAUGAAAGCAAUCUUAAUCCUGUAUCUGACUCGUGUGCUUGCUUUUGGAGACAACACCGCCACUGCCGUUUUCCAUAGCUUCUCAAUGUUAUGUUAUUUUACUCCCCUUUUUGGGGCAAUGAUGGCCGAUGGCUGGCUUGGAAAAUACAGGUGAGCUACAACAAGCACUCCAAAGGUUCCAUUUCCAUUAUAAGCUUAAUUUAUUCUUUGUUAUUUUGUGCAGCCAGCCUACCCAUCUUGUGCAUAAUCUUUUACUCAAAAUCAAUAGCGCUGCGCGCAGUUACCAUUGACCACUCCAGAAAAUACCAAAAAAAUACCACAUACCAUAAUGCUUUUUGUUUGUCACCCCAACUAUUGCAUAAGCAUUGUUUUCAGUUUCUCUUGGGGCCAUUUUAACUCUUAAGAGAAACUGAAGACAAAGCUUAUGCAACAUUUUGGGGUGACAAACAAAGAGCAUUAUGGUAUGUUACGGUAUUUCUGGAGUGGUCAAUUAAUAGGCCCGAAAGUCAGCCAAACAAACUGAAAUUAACAUUUUCGAAUUCCUCACUUUUGUCUGACUUUUGUUUUUAAAUUGUCAUGUUUGUCUAGUGUCUUUGGCAUUAAAAUGAGGAAAAUGACAAAACGCAGACAAAAAUUGCAAAUUAGUCACUUUGACUUCAUGCGCACGCUACGCUUUUCAAAGAAUAAAUGGAAACGUUUGAAACCCCAAAGAAGCCAGUACGCAAGCCAGCAAGUUGUAUCAUUAUGAUUUAUUAUUAUUUUUUUUUGUAACUGUACCAUAUAUUUUACUGUUCCUUCAGAAUUCUUUAAAACUAUUAAAACUGUAAAUUGUUAUGGAACAUUGACCUCUGGUCCAUGGACCACCCCUGUGGACCUAGUGCAUGGACUUCUUCGUGGACCCGGUUCAUGGUAGCCUCCCACGCAGACAUUCUUAGGGGUUCGUCACGUGUUCCUGCCCCAAAAACGUCUGCUGACUUGAGCGGAAAAAAACGUAGACCAAUCACAGCAGACUUCCAGAUCUGGGAAGUGCACUUUGAACCUUGAGAAAUUUCGUGCUUAACUUUAUGGCUCCAGAAAAGAUCAGAAAGGUCGCAUGAAAGUUGAAAACCUUACAGUUUUAGAACAAACUACUCAGUUAACUCACAAGCGUUCGUACCAGUGGCUACCCUCAGAAUCUCGUUGAAAAAAAUUACCUCGGAGGUUAAAUUUGCUGAACGGAGGUCGGGCUUUCCUACAAAACAAUAACAUGUGAAAAAAAAUCUGCCUUUUGUUCAGUCUUACAAGGUAACACCGCUGCUGCAUCACCCAAAGAACAACUUUAUGAGCAAAUGACAUCUAAUCCAGCCUUUACAGAGAGAAAUAUACAAAAAGCCAAUGCUUAUCUCCUAUUAUUCUCGUCAGGAGCAAAAAUCUUUGGUCAUGUAUUACACUCUACAGAGCUUGUACGUAUGUGUUUGGCUUGUCAACACUUUGACUUCAAUGGCACCGAUUGGAUCUCCGAUAAUCUGCAUGUGAUCUCCAGCCGAUAUUUGCAAACAAUGGGAAAUGAAUUUAUCUUUCAGUUCAGCAGACGUUCGUGGGGCAGGAACGCAUGACAAACCCCUAAGAACGUCUGCGUAGGAGGCUAGGUCCACAUGGACUACCUCUGUGGACCACCCUUGAAUUUUGAAGAUGAAUUUUACUAGAGGUCUAAUCAAUUUUAAGAAUCUUAAAUGUAAGAGUCUGUGUAAUAGGCCAUUUCCGAGUUCCAAAAAAUCUCACUUUCAAAGCGAGGCUAAGUGCGAAGCCAUUGAUAUGAAAAUGAUUUUUAAUUAUGAUGCAAAUAAAACUCAUUUUCACGACAAAGGUUUCGCACUUAGCCUUGUUUUGAAAGUGAGAUUUUUUGGAACUUGGAAACGGCCCUGAUUUUUAUCAGGGUUAUGGGCUCCUCAUUUUACACACUGUCUUGUUCAAAGUUUUCCUGAAUUCCACACCAAUUUAAAGGGUUUGGGUUAGUUUGGUGAAGGAGUAACAAUAUUUGAAGGGAACAGCUAGGGAGAAAGGUUUAAAGGAGGUAGUAGUCACUGUGUGACAACAAGAGCCAUAGGCAUUAUGGCUUUUGGUGACAACAAAAAAACGGCUGCAAAUGUAGGAGACUAGGGAGGAAGAAGUAACACAUGAUUAUUGAGUACCCUCCCCAAACUUCCCUUUCCUUGAUAGCCGGUCAGGAACUUAUUAAAUCUUCCUUACGGAACAAGCGCAAAAUGACCUGCAUUUAAUUUUCAAAUAAUGUGGUUGGACAGACAUCUGAGAAGCUUUGUGAACAUAACAGUUUUAUGCAGGUCAAUUUGUGCUUGAUCCGUAAGCAGGAGUGAAUAAGUUUGCCGAUAAAGAAAUGUUUCCAUCGGCCAUCAGGGAAGUCUGGGGUGGGACGACACAAAAAAAUGUCUAUGUAGGAGACUAUUUCCCCAGUGCCUCAAAUUACUCCAGUUACUCCUUCAUGUGCACCAGACUAAACCUAAUCCAUGUACGGAAUUCAAGAAAAUUUGAACGGGUGUGUAAUUGAGAAGCUCAAUAAGCCUGAUAAUAUAAACUGAGAGCAGUUUACUAGAAUUUAUUUAGACCUCUGGUAAAAGUCAUCUUCAAAAAUUAAGUGUGGUCCACAUGCAGGGGUAAUCCACGGACCGGGUCCAUAAAGAGGGCCAUGGCUGGGUCCAUGGACAUGGCCAUUUUGUAUGCAUCCCCCCACCGGCCCACCCCCUCACUCCACUCUCACUGGAAAGCAUACCUGGUAGGUGGUACAGUAGAACGUCGAUAAUACGAAACUCGGAUAACUCGAAUUCCCCGCUAACUGGAACUAAAUUUUCUUUCCCUAGAUCAAAAUUUCACUGAAAUUUAGCCCGAUAACUUAAAUUCCCCCUAACUCAAAACUGUUUUUCGUCUCCCUUCAAAGUUUGACUUACGUGGGUUAUACUGUAGUAUUCUGAGUGCAAAGGAGGAUGGCUAUAUAUUUCUGCAUGAGGAGGCGGGGAGGGUAGUGUUUCAUUACUAAUUAGAGCUUUUUUCCUUAGGGGGUAAAAGUUCCCUCAUCUCUUGGGUAAAAGAAGCGAGUGGCUAUUAAAUGGAAUGACCAAGAGAUACUUUUUAUCCAUCAAACCAUCAUUACAAUGUCAAUCCUAGCUCACCUUGCAUUCAAUUUCAUAUUAAACCCUUGACUCAAGGAUAUAACACUGGGCGGCUUGUCUAGACUAUAGUAUUUAGAACGUUUGGUACAGUUUGAACUAAAUUCAGCAAAACCCUUAUAAUUUGCUCACUUUAAUAAGAUUAUCAAUUGUGUAUCUUUUUCAGAACAAUCUUGUACGUUUCUAUGGUUUAUUGCUUUGGAAAUCUGAUAGUGUCCAUCACAUCACUCCCUCCACUUGGUGCUGGUGAGAUUCCAGGCCCAAUGAUUGGUUUAUUCCUGAUUGCAUUAGGAACUGGUGGAAUCAAACCAUGUGUGUCAGCUUUUGGAGGGGAUCAGUUUACUUCUGAUCAGACUCAUCUGCUCCAGAGCUUUUUUUCAGUGUUCUAUUUCGCUAUAAAUGCUGGCAGUUUAUUGUCUAUGCUUAUUACACCCGUGCUCAGAGGUAAUGUAAAACUGUAUAAUAACGUUGUCACAUUGUAUCUUGUGAUUUUAAAAGAACAGUUUUUGACUUUUUAUAUGAUGUCUGGUGUUGCCAUCAUGUAUCCACCCAUCAGAGCAAGGGUGUGUGUUACCAUGGAUUCAUGUCUUGCUACAUUUAUCAGGGUCUCGACAAGAAGUUAUGAAAUGAUGAAUAGUGUAGGUUCUUGAAUACAUAUUAAACACUCAAUCAUCUGAAUGUCCUAGUUUGGGGUAGAUUUAUGGAAAAAAAAUUAAAAUAACUAAAUGCAAGUCAGCACACUAAAACCCUGUAUAUUAAAGCACCAUGGGGACAAGAAAGCGACAUGUAUGUUUGUGAGAGCUUUGGUGUUCUGAUCAAUAAAUUUUACCAUGGAUGAUUUUACAUAACUGAAGUAGAGAAUGUCAUUUGUUUUAACCUGCUCGGGUAUCCUUACUUAGUAAGGUUUUACAUGGAUUUCCCGUUCAACUUUUUUCUUACACUUUUCUUGUUUUCAGGAGAUGUGAAGUGUUUUAAAGAUGACUGUUAUCCACUGGCUUUUGGUGUUCCUGCAAUAUUAAUGAUAAUAGCUAUUGCAUUCUUUUGGUGUGGCCGACAUAAGUACAAGAGCGUCCCACUAACUGGUAACAUUGUAUGGACAGUGGUAAAAGCUAUGAGCUAUGCUCUCAAAAGAAGAAUUACAACCAAGGUAAUAAAACCUGCUCGCAUUCAUGUGUCAGGUAUAUUUCAUUGAAUGUCAAACUAAAUACAGUUGAACCUGAUCUCUACGUUACAGCCAGUCCUUGGGGACAGAGGAAAGUGUCCGUUGUAAAGAGGCGGCCUUUGUAGAGAGGUUUUAAACAAGAGUCAAUGUAUGGAUUUUUUGUCUGCCGGGAGGAAAAAAAGUGGCGUUUGUGGCGAGGUGGCCUUUAGCAGACUCUUAGCAGAGGUUCACCUGUACAUCUAUGCAUGUUCUCUCAUGCAAUUAGAAUGGAAUGAAGCCUCAAGUAACUUCUUUCAACCUGCCAAUUGGGCCUCCUUCAAUUUCCCCUGGUAUAUAAAUUAUUUGAUUGUGAGAGAAUUUGCCAUUUUACGAGGAGUUUCUCAGGGCCCUCUUUCAUGCACCCCAUCUCAGUUGCACCAACCACUGGAUUAUUGAGUUUUAUGCAUAUUUUUACCCUGUGUAUUUUGCGAUCCAACUUUUGAUCAACUGGAGCCUUAAUUCCCCAGCUGAGUGAGACCAAAAUCUUCAAUUCCCACCUCAUUAUUUCUUGGAGUCUGCCCAGUGGUUUUCUCCGAGCUUUUUUUAAAAAGGACAAAUUUUUGCAUUUCAAUAUUUAGGGUGCAAAAAUCUGGGUCUAAAGGGGUGCUUACCAUAAGACCAAAACUUCCAAAAAUUUCAGAUGGAAGUUACGGUAAAAGUCAUUUUUUUCGGAAUCGCCCUCAUAAAAUAAAGAAUCAGAUUUUAAGGUAGCCCCUUCACUGAAAUUUGUAUGAACUUCAUGGAAUGACUCAUGCCUUUUUUUCUCUUGGUUCCAGUCUCCUUGCUUCUAUUAUAAUCAUUUUUUAGAUUCAAAGUGUAAUGGAAAUGGUAUUUCUGUGGUGACCUGGGAUUAAUUGCUUAACAAUAUGCUACUAGGCAAUUCAAAUGGCAAAUUAAGCUUCGAUCCCUGGUCUUAUUAUUAAUAGUAUGUAUAUAUAGCAUUCUUCUCAUUGGUAAAUUAUAUGUGUUGCUAGGGAGAGAAAAAAGAUCAUUGGAUGGACUGGGCUGAUGAUACAUAUGACGCACAGUUGAUUCAAGACAUCAAAGCUCUGUGUAAAGUGUUAUUCAUGUUUCUUCCUCUGCCUGUCUUUUGGACGCUGUUUGAUCAGCAGGGUUCUCGCUGGGUUUUGCAGGCACAACAAAUGGAUGGUGAUGCUGGUAGGAGACUUUUGAUGCUUAUGAUUUUAUCAGGAGGAAGAUAACAAUAUUUUUAAAUUUCUUAAAGUCUAGACUGCAAGCAGUCUAUCAUUUUCCUCAAAUUUAGUGAAGGAGGGGAGUACAUGCGCACUCAAGGGUGGGACUAUAGAAAUUAGAGGGAUUGCUUGUUGUCUACUUGAAGUCAUUGCAACAACGUAUAGAUAUGAGUUCUGUUUUGAAACUAUUCUGGUUAUUUGAAUUCCAUUGUUAUAGGAGAAACCAAAGGUACAAAGUAAAGUUUUGAAUACGCCUGCGUGAAGCAAGGAUACACAGUAUGACACUCGAUCAGAAUAGUUUGGUGAAUGAAGCCUACGUGCACUUGAAAUGACCCUAGUAUUUCGUCCCUUGCUUUGUGCAGGAAACAAAGAAAGGAGAAGAAGUCUGUAUGCAGGCUCUAUGAUCAACAUUACCAUAGAACCAGAUGAAUACAAAAAUGACAAUCAUGGUAGAGAAUUAGAAGUCGUAAUCACCAGGAAACAAAUCAGUUUUUUCUAGAAUAGGUUUCAAACUCAGGUCGUACAUGUAGAACGAGGGAAUAGGGAGUUUAAGGUGCCACGACGGUGAUGGCAACGAGAACGUCAAAAAGCCAUAGGUUUAGAUUGGCAAAAAACAACUCAGCACGUGCAGCACACUUUUUGGUACAUUUCUUUGCCGUCACUGCACGACUACGACGAAAGUUUCUUACUCUUUCUGAACUUGAAUAUGUAUCUUAAGAAUUUAACCCCAGCAGGGGAAUUCGUUUGCAUUUGACAAAGUUGACAGCGAGUCGGAAUGAUCGUGACAGAGAUAGAAAAAAAUGCGAAUUCACUUUUUGUAAUGUAUUGUAAUUGUUUGUGUGUCCGAAAUAAGAAAAAAAAAAGAAAAAAGAAACCACAGCGGCGACGGCGACGGCAACAGCGACGGUGACGGUGAUGUCACACAAAAAUGUAUGGCUCCCAUUCCACCUCGUUCAAUUCAUCAAAUGUUGGCGAAUUCAGUUUCGGCAGUUGAAUUCUAAAGUUGAAUUCUAAGUUUAGAAGAAGGUAGUUACAAAUUUUUGCAAUAAGCAUGAAAAAAGAUCGCACACAAAACGAUGGCCAAAUACCUAUGUGAUUGCUUGCUCGAAAGGGAAAUGCUUUUAUAACUAAAGGUGCGACAAAGAUUCAUGUCACUUAAUAUAUCUGACGGCCGUAUCUCAGUAACAGUCAAACCCCGCUUUACAGACACCCACUUAAUACAGACACCUCAUUAUUACGGACAGUUUUCGUUGUCGCUGAGGAACGAAAGACCUUAGAUUUGCUCUAAAUUCAACCCGCUAAAUACGGACACCCCGUUAAUUAUUAAUACAGACACUUUCUAUGGCCACUUUAGUGUCCGCAUUAACGGUUCAUGUUUGACUGUAUCUAGAACUAAACAGAGAAUUGUGAAGGGAUAAGAAAAAACUUUUUUCCGUUCUCAUUACCGUCGCUGUCGUCGUUGCUAUGCAGUCCCAACUGUUGAUUUGCGACUAUGCUUCCUCCUGGUUCUUAGCCUGCGAAUUCGGGGAAAAGAGUUGCCAUUCAGCGAGGAAAAGCGAUUUUUUUCUCGAUAGGUAACGGCUCUGCCGCCAAAAUGUUCUCCGAAUUCGCACAAGUGAGCUUGCUCGCAGGCUACCUGGUUGUCUACUAAGUAUCAAAGAAUGGAACCUCAUUUCACGACCUUUUAUUUCUAUAUUCACCCUUCAUCAACUAUGGAUGAAGAUGAUGGUGAUUAAGGUUAACGUUCUGAUAAUAAAACAUUUUCUUAUUCAUACUGUUACAGGCUUUCUGGGAACAAUUAAACCUGACCAAAUGCAAGCACUAAACGCUCUUUUUAUCAUUCUUCUCAUUCCGCUGUUUGAGGGUGUGGUGUAUCCCCUGUUCAAGAGACCAAGACCACUCAAGAGGAUGUGUACUGGGAUGUUCCUUGCUAGUGUGGCAUUUGUAAUUGCAGGCUUUGUGCAGAUGAAAAUACAGGUAUAUUAUUAAAGUUAAGAACAGUUUUUGCUUGAGUGAUGUAAAACUAACUUUGGCCAAUCACAAGAGGGCUCAGAAAAGAAAUUAAACGAAUCAGCACGCUUGCGGGGUACGUGUAACCGAAGCGCGGGAAAUGCAGGGAGUUUUUAAAAGAUACCAUUGGAUUGGAUGUGACGUCACCUGUCAAGCUUGUCGGUAACAACAUAUGCAUCACGCUUUUUUGUACAUUUCGUAUCUCUCUCUCUGAACUUAGAUAUGGUUGUUAGGAAUUCGGCUCCAGACGAGUUCUUUGUAUUUGGCAAAUUGAAAGAAUCUAGAUAGAGAUUGAAAGAACGCGAGUUUUUUUCUUUAAGCGACGUUUUCGUGGCCGUCGCCGUCGUUGUUAGCCUGAAUUUCAGACGAUUACUUCGAUUCGUUUUUACUCCCUCAUUAAACGACUCGAAGUAAUCGUCUGAAAUUCAAAUUCAGACCUUGUGGUAUCUUUAACUCCCUUGCAAACCAGUCACUACCGCGUGGUGUUACUUUCACAUGUUGCUUAUGUACGUUAUCACUUUUAAUGAAGGUUAUUUUUAUAUUAAUUAUUUAAUAUUAGAUUAAACACUUAUUCUCUAACAGAAUUGUUUCGUUUAACAUAAAAAUGAAAAUGGUGUUUUAAACUUUACUGAUAUUAUGAUAUUGUUAAUCUAUGCAGAGUGCAGAUCUUGUUAAAGAUGCGCCACCAUCUGGACAAGCCAUUCUACAAGUAAUCAACACUUUACAAUGUCCUGUGACACUAAAUUUGGAAAACAAGAACAUAACUGUUGCUUCUCACAGGAAAUCCUCUGAGCAGCAUUUAUCUGUUCACAAGAAUUUAACUCUCAUAAUAACAUCACCUACAAACUGUAAUCAUCUAUCAAACGCAUCGCUUUCAUACAGUCUUGAAAAAGAGUGGUACAAUUUUGUAGUUGGUGUUGUUGGAACUAACAAUAAACUUGUUGGAAAAUUGGUUAAACAGAAUAUCACUCUUCCUCCGCCUGGUAAGGCAAAAUUGUGUAUAUUUCUGCUUCUAUUAUCCUCGGUCGACAAAACAUUUGAUAUUUGGCUUGACAAGGACCGAAUUCAAGAGAAAGUCUCGGCUAUGGGGAACUCAUUUUGUAGCGUAGUCUCUGCCGAUCAUUAUAAACUAACAGUAAAAGGAAGAAAUUCUGGUAAAAUGUAUGUAUCCAGUCAAGUUGUUCUAAAGAAUGGUGCAAUUUACACUGCUGUGGUACAAGAAAACAGGAAAGCGAAAACACCCACUGCUGAUGUUACCCUGUAUGAAGAUGUGGAAGCUAAAAGUGUAUCAAUGUUUUAUCAGAUUCCACAAUAUUUUGUCAUUACAAGUGGAGAAAUUCUUUUCUCAAUUACUGGUGAGUAAGAAGUGUCGAGAAGUGCAUGUCAAAAUUUUGAGCCAACAACUCCUACCAUUUCUUUUAUUCCGUGAUCGCAACCUCUUUCCCAGGAUUUUCUCCUACCCGUCCCUACGGGUAGGAGAGAGAACCUGGGAACGAGGUUGCCGUGAUCUUCGAAACGUAGCACAGCAAUAGGGCCAUUUAUACGAGGACAAAUAAGACGCGAACUGUACUAUUUAUACGAGCAUGUCUUAUCUAAUAAGACGCGUCUUAGCUAAGCCGCGUCUUAUUUUAGACGAAAUGUAUCGUUUAUACGGAAAGUUCGCGUCUUAUUUAAGACGCGCCUUAUGUAAGACGCGUCAUAAGACGCGUCUUAUUUUUCCUCGUAUAAAUGGCCCUAAUGUUGCAUCCUUUUGUACAGCUCGUCCAACAUUUUUGGGGUGGUUUGCAAAGUCUUAUGGGUUGUAUCCUUUCUACGAUGCACUGCAGGUCCCAACAUUGUUGGGAGAUGUUGCAUUCGUUUGCACACCACUUCCAACACGGACGCAACUACUCCAAACGUUGGGUGUUGAUGCGUCCGUUUGUACGUAGCUUAAGAGAAUAAAACAAAAGUAAUGAAAUAUUUUCCUGGAGCCUCAAGGUGUUUUCUUUUAAUGUGAUCCGCUAAGCUUUGGAGCCACCUAUGAAUUUUUGAAAUAUCCGCAAAAUGGGCCUAUGGUAACGCUACACAAACGCGUACUUUUCACGUGUGCGAAGACUCAUGUCGCACGUGUGAUUUAGAGUAGGCUUGACGUUCGAUCGUUUAAUAAUCUUGUUCCCAGAUCUCUUGUUUACGAAGCCGAAGGCGAGAUCUCGUCUUCGGCUUUUUCUACAAGAGGUCUGGGUGCGAGGUUAAUCGUUUAAAUAAGAAGGGUAAACUAAUUUAUUUUUCUGCCGAAUUUCAAUCUGUAUCUAAAACUUUUGAGUGGGAAAAGACCUAACCCUACUAAAUUUCUUACUUCAAUCUUCAGGUUUAGAGUUUGCCUACUCCCAAGCUCCUGUAAGCAUGAAGUCCUGUCUUCAAGCUGCGUGGCUUAUGACCGUUGCAUUCGGCAAUCUGAUUGUCGUUAUUGUAGCUGAGUCUCACCUCUUCAGUAAUCAGACGACGGAAUUUUUCUUUUUUGCCGCCAUGCUGUUUGUCGUGAUGCUGGUGUUUAUGGCGAUGUCUGUAUUUUAUCGAUAUGUGGACUCACCUGCCGGCCAAUCAACUGUGCCUGUCCCUGUUGAUAUAAAUGAUGACACAGUAGGGAUAACAGACAUGGAUGAACUAGCGCAAAUCUAAAUAAGCACGAUCGCGUAGAUAGAAUCUUUUCUGAAGCAAUCAGAAUUGUAAUUUUGCGAUCGAAAUUUCGAGUAUUUGAAUUUAAUCUCAAACCAGUUUGCGUUCGGCGAACUAGUUUGAGAUCAAUACCAUUUCGCUCACAGAGGCAAUCUCAGAAUCCACAUUCUGCAAUUUGGAUUUUAGGUUCCAUUUGGAAACGGUAAUGUCUAUUUCAGAUUGGUAUAUAUUAUACUACUUCCAGUUCAGUAUUUAUAAUUUGGCGAACUAGUUUUUGGUGAAAUGCUCUUCGUUUAUACAGGUAGUCUCGCUGUGACAAGUGGAACGGAACGUUUUUUUCCUUCCCUUUGUUUGGAAAUUCAAACUAUCUGGAGCACCUUAUUUAGAUUGUAUGAAAGGAAACUAGCCCAAAAGCCAAGCGAUUGAAACUUUUUGCGCCAGGUAUGUAAACAGAGUUUAGCCCGUGUUUAACACACUGUAAAAUGGAAAGAGCUAAAUCGGCUCCAAAAGCCAAAUCGGCCCCAAUGUCUUGAGGGCCAAUUUGGCUCAUGUUGGGGCGUUUUGGAUAAGAAGAGCCAAAUCAGUUUGAGAUGGUACCGAUUCGGCCCACCUUAUUUCUGAAUUGGCCACACUAAAUACCAGUUAGUCCCUUCCUCUCAAUUUGGUCCCUCUAAGGUCCAAAAAAGGACCGAUUUCAAAAUGCAGAGAGCAGAAACACAGAUGCCGAUUUGGCCCCAAGAGGGGCUAAUACACUCUAUUAUUAGUUAGACUUAAAAAUAAUUCCUGUCUUGGUAGGAAAAUGAUAUACAAAUUAUACAGUUUGGACAGAAAGAGUCAAACAGUGCAAAACUGCGUUCUAAGCCAUUUUCAGUUUGCCCAACGCUUUUAUCUAAACACCAUCACGGUUAAAAAUUUCAAUAAAGCAAACAGCGCAGACUAGAAAGGCACUUAUUUCCUUAAAUUAACCCACCAGGAAAGAGAUCUGGGGGUCCAAUGAUUUUUUAAACCGUGGCCCAUUUUAGACUUCGUUUAAAUUACCGACCCUUUAUGUUCAAGAUUGAAAGUUUAAGAGGCUGUCCGCGUAAGAACCGAUAAGGCAAAUUUCGGUCUAUCACGGAUUGCCCUGAUUUUUUCAGUGGAAGAUAACUAUCCUAUCCCAUGAAGAAAUAUCACAUUUAUUUGGACCAACUCAAUUUUUUCUCUAUUUUACAGGAAGAUUUUCUCGGUCACCUAAAACAAGUCAGUUUGCCGUCGGAAGUAGUGCGAUUUUGGUGAAACGUUAGGGCUCUGUCAAACCUACCUUACCUAGCCGAAUAAUCUGAUUAUUUUACACACAAAAGUUUUAACUCUCAUUAAUAGUUUCAAGGUUUAAUGGUUGCAUUCUGUGGAAAGUUGGCUGAGAUAUGAUUUUUUGAAAAUGACCGUUAAUUUGCUCAGCAGGAAAAGUAAUUUGCAUAACUAGAGCUGAACGGUAAUUUCGCAAAAGUGGCACCUGACCCAGACUCAAGUCUAUGAUAAAUCAGAAGUACUAAGACCAGUCUACUUCUUAACGCAAUAAAAUUUGUGGGCACUCUUCUUUGCGUGCCUUGCAAAGUUCCGUUAAUGUUCCAAAAUUCGCCAUUUUGACAGCAAAGCUGGAAUUGUAACGGGGUCCGCAUCUGAUCGACUAAUUUCCACAGCUUUAACGUUUCCAGUUAUCACUAAAUAUCACUAGACCCUUUAAAUGUUGGACGUUUGAAAACAUGUGGAGAAAACUUAGUAAUCGCUUUUUCUUGCGUCUUUUUCUUGUCGACGAUGAACGUGACUUCGUUCUCGGUAUGCAAAUUAGCCUUAGAUGCGUUGUUUCAACAAAUUGACAGGAAAUAUAAUCGUUACAUUCACAUUUCUAAGGGGAAAAAUAAUUCUCCUUUCCACAGAAAAACACAAACCAUGACUUCGAAUCUCCUUAAGGUCU